CUGCUUGUCUGCUUCUCUAAAUAAAGUAAAGAAACAUAGGACCAAUACAUUUCAGAGUUGCUGACUUGCAGAGUAAUCAUCUCCAAUAUGCAGCAUGCAAGAGUGAGAAGAUUUACAGGAAGCCAAAUACUGGAUUAUAUCUUGAAUGAAAAUGAGGCAGAGGACACAGAGCAGCAUAGCGAUAUGGAUGAGCAGGUUUCUGAGGCAGAAGAUGAAGUAGAGUAUCAACCAGAAUACACAGACACAUCUGAUGAGUCUGAUGAGGAGGCCACCAGUGCUGAACCUGCUGCUGUUCCUGCUGAAACAUUCAAAUCCAAAAGUGGUAAGAUCUGUUGGAGUUCGGAACCUCCUGACUUACAUCGCAGGGCAGCUGCUGCAGAUGUAAUCAAAAUGACCCCUGGGAUCACAAGGUUUGCUGUGACGAGAGUAAGUGACAUCAAAACAUGUUUUGAACUGUUCAUGCCAUUGUCACUAAAAAAAGUGAUCAUUGUAAUGACAAACCUUGAAGGAAAAAAAGUCCAUGGCAACAUGUGGAAUGACAUAAAUGAGGAAUGCCUAGAUGCUUAUAUUGGUGUUCUUCUUCUUGCUGGAGUGUACAGAUCCUAUAAUGAGGCCACUGAUAGUCUCUGGGACAAAUCAAGAGGCAGAUAUAUCUUCCCAGCAACAAUGUCACUUCACACCUUUCGAAUGAUAUCAAGAGUUUUCAGCUUUGACAACAGAGAUACUAGAGCAAAAUCUGACAAGCUUGCUCCCAUUAGGAAUGUCUGGGAGAAAUGGGUUCAGCUCCUUCUACUAAUGUUUAACCCUGGGCCUCAGGUAACAGUAGAUGAACGUUUGAUCCCUUUCCGUGGAAAUUGCCCCUUCCGGCAGUAUAUGCCCAAUAAGCCAGGCAAAUACGGCAUAAAAAUCUGGGCAGCCUGUGAUGCAAAAACAAGCUAUGCAUGGAACCAAAAAGAAGGUACAGCGCUGAUGUGAAUGAAUUAAGUUGUGAAUAAACCAGAUAAAUUAUGAAAAAUAAUCUGUGACUUGAUGAACAACACAAAUUGAUUGAGUGGUGAAAAAAUUCAUAAGAAUGUCCAGAAGUGAAAAGGUAAAUAUGCUGAUCCUCCACCAAUCAAUGAUUGAAUAUAGGUGAUAAAAUAGCAAAUAUAAAUCAGUGAAAAAAAGUCCAAUGAUAAAAACAAACGAAAUUCUUAAUCUUCCACCAAGAGAAAACACCCGUGUGUUGGUAUUCCAAUCUGCUUACCAGAUUCACUGACCGUUGGUGCGGUCAGAUAGAGCCCAGAGAUCUUUUAAAGUCCUCUCAAGUGGACUAUAUAACAGCAGGUUACACAGAUCGGAUCAUCUACUGCUCCAAAACUCCAGAUAAAAUAAGGAUGCGCUCAUGUAUUCAAAGAGAAAGAACGAGAAAUAGCUCCAUAGUGAAGUACUGUAUGUAAGGAUUUUU